AUGGAACCGAGCCAGUAUGGUACCGCACGCCAACCUCGGCCCCUCGUCUUCCCCCCCUCUCACCCCGGCCCCCUGUCCCGCAGGGCCAUCCCCGAGCAGCAGCUGCUGGGCCAGGGCUUCCCGGCCUUGCUAAACCCCAUCCUGGAGCCGCUGGCCGCCGCGGUGACGGCCUUCCCCCCUACGGCGGCGUCCGCGCUGCCGCUGAAGGACAAGCUGCCCCUGGUGGACCGGCUGGCCACGCUGCUGCAGAGCCUGGACAGGGAGAGCGUGGCGGGGGAGGCGCUGCGGCGGGCAUGGACGGUGCUUGACGCGGCCUUCACUGCGGCGCUGGGCAGUGAGGACGGCCUGGAGUGCGUCUGCAGGGCACUCAGGCAUGGCAUCAAGGCCGCCGGCCUCAGCGGCCAGGCCAUGCUGCCAACGCUGCUGCAGGCCCUGCCAGCACGCUUCCAGCAGACGAGGCACCCUGCGCUGCUGUACGUGGCGUCAGAGCUGGUCAAGGUGUUUGCCAGGGAGCCCAGCGCACAGGCGGGGCUGGCCCCCAUCCUGACGUCACUCAUUGUCAGCUCAUGCCAGGAGCUCGCCAGCCUGCCGGCCCUGACCUCGCGGCCAGAUCUGACUGAUGAUCUUUUCCUGCUGGCGGGCCGCACCCUCAACUACUCCCCAACACUCAUAGUCACCCCACAGGUUCUCCCCCCGCUGCUGGACACGGCGCUUCUGGCCACUCUGGUGCAGCACCGGGAGGCCUGCCGCUCAGCCCUCUCCUUCCUGCGCUGCCUCCUGCACCCCUCAGACGCGCCCGCCGCCCUGGCCCCCACCCCCGCCGCCCAGCAGCUGCUGCGCGAGCAGCUGCUCCGCGCGGGCCCGCCGCUCGCGCGGCUGCUGCUCGCCGGCGCGGCCGGCGCGCAGCCCGACGCGCGCGUGCCGGACAUAGCGGAGCCGCUAGGCGCCCUGCUGCGGCUGGGGGGGCCGCAGGCGCUGUCCUGGGUUUCCUCCGCCGUCGCGGCCGUCCCGGCGGUGGCGUUGGAGGCGGGGGAUCAGCAGAUGUUCCUGGGCGUCUCGGCCGUUCUGGCCAACGCGGCCGGCAGCGGCGGCGACGCGGAGCAAUCGGAAUUCGAGGGGGCGCUGUUCCGGCUGGCGGACCUGUGCCGGCGCAAUGCGCGCGCGCGGGUGGCGGCGCAGCAGGCGCUGCUGCCGCUUGAGCUGCAGGGGGUGGCGGUCUGA